CCCCUCCCUUGAGGCCCGGAGCAUUUUCUCCAGCCAGGAGGUGGGUGAGUCAUUUGAUGGGAAGACUGAACAACCUUCCAAUCCCCUAGACUGCCCGGGGUCUAAGAUGACCAUUCCUCCACCCAACCUGGUGGAAACCAUAUCCACCACUCCCCCAGCCGACCCCCCUGAAUUCAAGACAGCUACCCCCAGCCCAAUCUUGAAGCUCGGCCCUGGAGGCUUCCCCACCAUGGGCAACAGUAGCCACAGGAGCACCUUCAUCAGGGUUGGAGCCCCAGGGGGAGCCGUCCAUGAAAGCGGCCUCCACACUGGGCAGGCUGAUGGGGGCAACACAGUCUCUCCCUCUGGCACAGCCUGGGCUGGCCCGCGUGGAUUAGAACGGCUUUGAGAUUCAUCUUAAAAUUCACAUGCUGUGUGUCACCCACCAACAAGAAGGUUUUCAUAAAGACGAAUAUCCACCCCAUGUAAUUUUUAAAAAUUGUGGACGGUCAAGGCAGGGCCACAGUUAACUCGAAGGUGCUGUUGUAGAGCUCCAGGAAGGUGGGGCAUGUGGCACAGGAGCUGAGCCAUAGGUUGGACACGACCAGUUCUGGGGACAGCAGCGCCGGAAGUAAAUGCUGGCUUGCCAGGUGAGAGCACGUGGUGCCGCCAAUGAUGGAAGUGCAAAAACGGCUGAAAGGAAGUGCCUAAGAUGAUCAUGAACUUGGCUCACUAUCACCGCCAACUCCAGGCACAAGGUUCGCUGAAGAAUGCUGUCCAUCAGGCCAAUCCAUGGAACUUCUCCACUGCAGUCCAGGUGGCUGCACUCCAGGCAUCCUCCGACAAAGUUUGGGAGACCAUGACCCAGCGAUCCCAGGGUCCAAGAGAAGGCGACCCAGCAAUGCCCAGACACUGUUCAAGAUAAGACAACCCAGCAGUCCCCCGAUACUGUCCAAGAGAAGGCCACUAGACUGCCCGGGGUCAAAAGCAACCACUCCCACACGCAGCCUGGUGGAAUCCAUAUCCACCACUCCCCCAGCCGACCCCCCUGAGUUCAGGACAGGUACCCCCAGCCCAGUGCUAGAGCUCGGCCCUGUGGGAUCCACCACCAUGUGCAGCAAAAGCCGCAGGAGCACCAUCAGCAGGGGUAGAGCCCAAGGGGGAGCUGCCCAUGAACGUGGCCUCCACACUGGGCAGGCUGAGGAGGAGACCGAAGACAUAGACUGCCCGGGGUUGAACGCAACCACUCCCCCACCCAGCAUGGAAGCCAUAGCCGCCACUCCCCCAAUCAACUCCACUGAGUUCAGGACAGAUACCCGCAGCCCAGUCUUGAGCACCAUGAUCAGGGGUGGAGCCAAAGGGGGAGCCGCCCACGAAAGUGGUCUCCACAAUGGGCAGGGUUAUGGGGGCACCCCAGUCUCUCCCUCUGGACACAGCCAGGGCCGUCCCUGGUGGGUUAGGACGGCCUGGAGAUUCAUUUCAAAAUGGACUUGCUGUGGGUCACCCACCAAGAGGAAUGGUUUUAGAAGGACGAAAGUCCAACCCAUGCAAUAUUUAAAAAUUUUUGGCGGUGAAGGUGAGACAACAGUUACCUCAAAGGUGCAGGUGCGGAGCUCCAGGAAGGCCAUGCAUGUGUUACGGGAGCUGAGCCAGAGGAUGGAUGUAACCAGAUCUGGGACAGCGGCACCAGAAAUAAACGCAGCCUGUGCCAGGUACGAGCACGUGGUGCAGCCAAGGAUGGAGGCGUGUGAAAGGCUGAUAGGAUGUGUCCAAGAGGAUCAUGACCUUGGCUCACUAUCACCGCCAACACCGGGCACAAGGUUCGAUGAAGAAGGCUGCCAGCAGGCCGAGACACAGAACUCUGCUGCAGUCUAGGUGGCUGCGCUCCAGGCCUCCCCCGACAAAGUCCGAGAGGUCGCGACCCAGUGGUCCGCCGAUGCUGUCCAAGAGAAGGCAAUCCAGAGGUCCCCCGACGCUGUCCAAAGAAGAUGACCCAGGGGUCCCCCGACGCUGUUCAAGAGAAGGCAACCCAGAGGUCCCCGGACGCUGUCCAAGAGAGGGGACCAAGCAGUCCCCCCUUACGCUGUUCAAGAGAAGGGGAUCCAGUGUUCCCCCGACGCUGUCCAAGGGAAGGCGAUCCAGAGGU